CUGUGAAAUGGUAAAAGAAAAACUUGAAGCUGGUGGGAAGGUAGUGAGCAUGCUAGGUGACCGCCACAUUGCAACGAUGCAUCGCAAUACCUGCAAAGACUCAGCAAGUUUCAUGGAACUUCCAGGUCAGGUAGAAAUGUUCCACAAGGAUAAUCGUCGCUCGCACAUCAAGCUUACAAACCUGGAGCGAGAGCGAGAUACAGACAACAACGGGCAUGUGAGAAAUGGCGAGAGGCAUGGAAAAACCAAGCAUCAUCAGAAAGCAAAGCUGACAGUUAGUAAUUGGACGGGUACUCAGUCGGAAAAAAAUACGCAUAGAAAACCAAGCAUUUAUCACAGUAAUAGAGAGAAUCCCGACGGAAACUUUUUUGACGGCAGUGAAAGAAUUGCAAACAGUAGUUUCAGUGGAGGAAGUGAAGAGGACUGGGUUCACCCGAAGAACUCAGUGGGCUGCUGUGCUUGUUUACGUUCUGCAUCACGACGUUCUUCCUUUGUCGUCCAUAAGACAGACAGGGUGGCGUUGCCUGCGAAUGUUCACCAAACUGAUCCUCAGGAACAGAAAAUUAUGACUUUGAAGGAAGACCACACAAUGUUCUUGAUACUGGCAACAUUACUGCUCAUCUACAUGGCGUUGGGGGCCCUCGUUUUCCAGGCCUUUGAGGAGGAAUAUGAGAUGCAGGCAAGAAGUAAUUUCCUUGACAAGUACACCAGUGCACGCAAGACAGUGAAUGAUUCUAUUAACAGCGAAAAUGUGACUUUUUCUACGAUCGAUAACCUUAUCUUUACGUGGGGCAAUAUGUCUGACGAAGGGUACACUCCCCAGAACCGCCGCCUGUGGGACUACCCUGGUAGUUUUUACUUUGUCUACGCUCUUGUCGCCACUAUCGGUAAGUCGCCUUAUUCAUUGUUCUGUUUUGUAGCAGUUAUACCCUUGUGUGGGUUGCAAAGAGUACAUUACAAUUUAUUCAACCUAUGUAUGUCACACAUCCCUGUAGGCAUACCUUCACGACUAUUCAACCAACAAUUAAGAGCAUAGCAGUCGGAGCCCCACUGCUGUGCUGAUUGUUGGUUCAUCAGCCA